AUGCUUUUCCAGCAAAAUCAUAUCCCAUCCCUUCCUGCUGGAGAGACAUCAGCAAACCUUGAAGUUGAGCGCCUGGCACUUUUAAAGGAAGUGAAGAAAAGAAACAAUGCAUUGACAAUCAGAGAAAAAAUGACAAAGACGUUUGCCUUACGCAGACAAGAGAUUGUGGAAAACCAACCUAGUGUUCAAGAACUGCAAGAAAGAUGGCCAGCUCUGUUUCAACAAGAGGAGAUUAAUGCCGAAUUUUUGCGCAUCACGACCUUACUUUUACAAUCGAGAUUUAUGGCCUCUUUGGACAGACAGAGCUCUCAGCUUCUCCAGGUUAUUAGGAACAAAGGUGGAGUUCUCCGUGAAAAAACUAAGGACACUAUUAAAGUUAUGGAUCAGAGUCUGGACAUAGACAUCAGAAGAGAGUGCCUGCUGAAGUGCCUGAUCAUGUACCUUGAUGAAGAUGCAAGCUGUCUGAUCAAAGAAUACCAGGCUGACCAGAGGGAGGAAGCGAAGAGAGAAUUUGAAAAGACCACCAUGGCAUUUUUUGUGACCCGCGAAAGUGAUGCUCUUAGUCGUGCACUGGACAUUUCCAUUGUCAUUGACGGUGUGGAAGUACUAAAUGAGUUGCCCUCUGUUGCAUGUGCCUGUGCCAUGAUGUUUGGACUCAUUUAUGCACUGAACUUAAAAUAUCCUGAAGGACUCAAAUAUACCUUCGAGGCCUUUCAAAAAAUAAUCAUGGACAUAGAGAGUAAGCAGAUGAGCCGAAGGGUGCAGAACCUCUCUUCAAAGCUGCAGGAGUAA